AGAAGGGGCCCGGAUGUGACAGGUGAUACCGGUGGCAGGUGAACGGGCAGGUCGGUAGGGGAGGGGACGAAGCCUCCCACGGCCUCAGUCCCUCGUAGAUCCCACCUGGCCACUGUCAACACACGGGCUCCAUUCACUGCUUCCACUGCCCCGGAUCCUGACUGACCUGCACUGCAUGCACUCUCCCCAACCGCGCUGAAGAGCGUCUGGAUUACUUACACGCAAGCGGGGAGGCUGAGCCAGUGUAGGUUUGCAACAAAGUAUAGAAAACUGUAUCGCGAGACGGAUAAUCAAUUCGACUUAUCUAGUGCUGACAUGUAACUACAACUGAGAAAAGUCUCGCCAGUGAAUCAUGUCGAGAAGUGCAUGUGAGUGUGUUCGAAGGGCGCGAUGACAGGCGUGCGGCUGCGUCGCGCCGGGAGCAGCGGAGCCCUGUCGGAAGGCAAGGCCGCCGCGUGCGAGGCUCCCCUCUCGCUGCCCCCCGUGCUCAGGGUCGCCAGUGGCACCAACCUAGCAUGCGCAAGCAGCAACAACCACCUCCGGGUCCGGGGCGUGCUGGGCCCCCAGGUGGAACCCAGGUGGAAGGUGAGAGGCGACGCCUCCGCCAGAGAACUGGAGGGCGGCGCCCCUGGACGUGUGCGCUUAGUGUUCUGGCCUCAUACCGGGCUUGGACGUCGAGGAUCCCUGCAGGAGCACGAAGUGAUGAGGACGAGCAACGACAGCCUGACGGAUUCCAGCGCCGUCCCCACCCCCUACGACUCCAUCAGCUACCUGGACCUCUCCCGCGAGUCUCUGGUGCAAAGUGAUCGAGGAAGUAAAUACCUACAAAGUGUGGAAUUUGACAGUUCACAACAAGAGGUGCCGGAGAUGACGGAGAGGCUCUUCAAAGUGAUCAUUAUCGGGGAUCCUACGGUGGGCAAGACAUCCUUUGUGCAACGCUACGUGCAAGAUUCCUUUAGGAGGGACUACAAGGGAACAGUCGGAGUCGAUUUCGCGCUCAAGAUCCUAAAAUGGUCCGAUUCCGAGACGAUAAAGUUGCAGCUCUGGGAUAUUGCAGGUCAAGAGAGGUUCACAUGGAUGACCCGAGUAUACUACAAGGACGCGCAAGGUUGCAUCAUCAUGUUCGACCUCACGAACCGCAACUCGUUCCUCAACACGCUGAAGUGGAAGAAGGACGUUGAUUCUAAAUGUACACUGGAGGACGGCAGCCCCAUUCCGUGCAUGCUGCUGGCGAACAAGUGUGAUUUGCCGCACCGCCAAGUCGACCAACUAGAAAUAGAGAAAUUGUACAAAGACCACAGCUUCACGGGAUGGACGGAGACCUCGGCUAAGGAAGGGCUGAUGGUGACUGAUUCCAUGAGGUUCCUGGUGGACGUGAUGAUGAAGCAGAAGGACGACCGGGACGAGGACUCCAACCAGUCGUCUCUGCGCCUCACGCCCGCCGACCCAGAGAAGCCCCACGGAUGCUACUGCUAGGACCCGGGUGGUCACGGCGGCGGCCCCGGAUGCUACGCUGAGACGAGGGCCUCGCUGUCUCCACCGUCAGCCUGUCGCAUCUGAUGUUAUCUCUGUUGUAGUGAGAUGCCAAAUUGCCCUGUAUAAUUUUCAAAAAACAAGAGAGAUUAUGACACCCAUUAUUACUGAGUAAAUAAAGUGCACAGAAGUC